AAUAAACACGGAUUGUUUUUCUAAAUUUAUAAGUUUUCUCGCGAAACUUUUUCGUACUUUAUAUUUGUUUUUUCUUGUGAAGCGACAAGUGUUGAAAGUUUAUUACUUCUACUUUAUUAAUAACGGACAGUAAACAGUCAUAGUGUUCUUUGAAAAUAGUUGUUCUUCUUGAAGUUUCCAUGCUUUUCAACCAAGAAUGGAGGAAUCUCUGCACCAACCCAGAACAUCAAAGUGUGGGCUAUAAAGCCGCCGGGCGGAGAGGUCGCGGCGGGCGCGAAUCAUGACGCGCUACCGGCACGCCAGGGCGAACACGAGCGCGGCAUCGGCGUACGAGCUGACAGCGGGCAACGGUUGUGAGGGCGGGGCCCUACUGGCGGCGCACACGCCCGCCGACACCACCUCGCUUCCACUCGCGACCCACCAAAAUGACCCGCGCAAGAGGAAGAACCAUCAAUACACGGAGAGCUACGAGAUGGCCAACUGCGAGAAUUCGUUGGCCACGCCUGCGACGUCGACGGUCACAGUACUCGACAACGCAACAAGAAAACGAAAACCUUCAUCGUAUGGCACGGCAAGCGCCUACGAUGACGAUGGCACAGACGAUACGCGUUCCACAAGAACAAUGCCUGAUAAAAAGCAAAACCACAGCGAGAUCGAGAAGCGUCGUCGCGACAAGAUGAACACAUACAUAUCAGAGUUAAGCGCAAUGAUCCCGAUGUGCGGUGCGAUGUCGCGCAAGUUGGACAAGCUGACGGUGCUGCGUAUGGCGGUGCAGUACUUGCGGUCGGUGCGGGGGGCGCUCUCAGCCGGACCCCUCACCGCGCGCCCCCGCCCCGCCUUCCUGUCGGAGCGCGAGCUGAACGCGAUGGUGUUACACGCGGCGCACAAUGCAUUUCUGCUCGUCGUCGGCUGUGACCGCGGACGAUUGCUAUACGUGUCUACUUCGGUCAGCAGAAUGCUACACUACGAUCAGUCGGAGUUACUUGGACAGAGUUUAUUCGACAUCUUACAUCCCAAAGAUGUGGCGAAGGUGAAGGAGCAGCUCUCCUCGUCGGACCUGAGCCCGCGGGAGCGACUUAUUGAUGCCAAAACGAUGUUACCAGUGAAAGCGGACAUGGUGGCGGGGGCGUCCAGGCUGUGCCCGGGGGCGCGGCGCUCAUUCUUCUGUCGCAUCAAGUGCCGUGCACUCACCUCGGCUUCCUCAACACCGCCAGCCCCAGGACCCACGACACAACAGUCCGCUGGACAGGUAAAGGAGGAAGGAGAAGGCAGCUCCAAGAUGAGGAAGAAACAAAACGAGAAGAAAUAUUGCGUUGUACAAUGUACAGGAUAUCUCAAGUCCUGGGCACCGGCGGAGCUAGAGGGUGGUAGCACUACGGGUGAUGGAGGGGAGGACGGGGAGGCAGGUAACAUGUCGUGCCUCGUGGCGGUCGGACGUGCACUACCAGACCUCUCCCCGACUCUUGGACAGCAAGUACCCAUUCCAACCCAGUCUCCUGCGAGAUGCUUGCAGUACAUCUCUAGACAUGCCACUGAUGGAAAGUUUCUCUUCGUCGACCAGAGGGUAACCCUAGCUCUAGGGUUCCUACCCCAAGAGUUACUCGGCACCAGCCUUUACGAGUACGUGAGUGCACCAGAACUGGGCGCAGUCGCGCGUACGCACAAAACUGCGUUACUACGUCGUGAGCCUGCGCACACCCCGCCAUACUCCUUCCGGCGUAAAGAUGGCUCUUUAGCAAGGAUUACAACGCAUUUCAAACCAUUUAAGAAUCCUUGGACUAAGGACGUGGAAUGUCUCGUCGCUAACAACACUUUGGUGGCAGAAUCGUACACACCGCCACAACAAGACGCACAAGACUCAUACGAUGUCUAUAAGCAGAAGACGGCGUCGGGCGCGAUGUAUCCUCGCGACUUAGCUACUGCGAUUUCAGAGGGCGAUGCUGAGAUGCAGCGACUGAUCGAUUCUCAAGUCGAGUCUCACAAAAUAGGCAGCGCGAUCGCUGAGGACGCACUGCGCAGAUCCUCCACUGACUUCUCACCUGAACUGCCAACUGACCUUUUACAAGAUGCUGUCUUCAAUCAGCAGCAAGCCGCCCUCAUGGAUAACAUCCUCGGCGUGGACAUGGGAAACUUUUCACAAAUAAGGAAUAAUGUGACACUUAGUGCCGCAGGGGCUUCCGAGUCCCCGCCGCCGAGCGACCCCGCAGGAGAUCUCUCCCCUUCCACACCGCCUCCUAUCUCACCCCCUCUACCGUCUCUCGGCCUCGAUGGCAACGGGGAGGCUGCUAUGGCAGUCAUUAUGAGCCUUCUUGAAGCAGACGCUGGUCUUGGAGGUCCUGUUAAUUUCUCAGGACUCCCUUGGCCGUUACCAUAAAAGUCUUGAUUAUUAUUUUUUUUAAUUUCUUUUAUCUGAAGGUGCCUUCAGUAAAAAGAAAUUAUUUAUA